AUGAAAGCCGUCAUAAUUUUCAUGCUUUUGUUUGCAACGGUCUUCUCCCAGCCGGUGAAGCGCUCAGCAAGCAGCUCAGAGAGCUCUGAGGAAGUUGUGAGUAUUCAACCAAGUGUCAUCUGUGUGAAGCCGGUUCCUAUACUACGGAAAGCUACUGCACAACUGGUCCAGGCAACACCUGCUCAGAAAAUGACCAUGGCGGCAUCUGAGGAGAGCAAAGAGAGUUCAGAUGAAACUGAGGAGUCAGACACUGAAUCAAAUACAGCCUCAGACGACAGUGAUGACAGCGCGGACAGUGCAGACACGCAGGGGACAGAAACAGAUGAGUCCAGUGAGAGUGCAGAGUCUGGAGAGGUUGAAGCCACGUCUGCCCCUCCCAUCGUUGUGGACCCUACUGAAGCCUACAUCUUCGACAAUGGCCGAGGCGACAGCAUAGGUUACCCUAGCGACUACAAGAAGACCAUUAUCUACGUGGACAGUAACAAAAUUGGAAUGGAGCCAUCACCAUACAAGACUGAGGGCGUGAACCUGAUCAGCAAGAAAAUGUCCGUCUACAACAGCCAUGACGACAAUGAAGUAGAAAAGCAUCUGAAAGUUUACAAGGCUCUGCAGGUACAUGACGAGCUGCUGGAUGGAGACACCAGCACUCCUGAGAUGGAGACCCAGAGUCUGGACGCUGCGAGCGGCACAGAGGAGGAGCCUAGUUACCGUCAUGCAGGCCCUGACAGUGAGGAAAUCGAGGGUCAGGCCCAGGAAGAGGGAGAGAGCAAAAGUGAAGGGGCCAGUGCCAGUGCAAGUGAUACCACUAGCGAGAGCGCAAGUGCCAGCGCCAGUGCCAGCCAAGAGGAAGAGGAGCAAGAGUCUGAUAGCAGCCAGAGCAGCGAGGAAGUAACAGCCACACCUGGCGCUGCAGACAGCGAUUCCUCCCAAAGUUCAGAGAGUCAGGAGAGUGACUCAGAGGAACAGACCCAAGAAACCACCAGUGAGCCCUCCAUUGUGAUCACUGCCAAAUAA